AUGCUCAGGCAUGGCAACACCUCGUUGAGUUAUGGGGGUAUACCAUGCUCGUCCCUGGCCAGGCUCGGGAUGAUGCUCCUGGCUGUCACCAGUGGGCGGACGGCUGACCUUGUAGCUCAACUGGAGAGCUAUGUUGAGUCCUUUGGACAUACCUCUCCCUGUUACUUUGCCGUGCGCCCCUAUCUAUCGGCCCUAACCACUACCCAAGCCGUGGACCUUGGCAAACGAAUGCUCAAGUUGUCUGAGAUGAGCAUCAACGGCAGCAGUAGCUCAGCGCAGACUGGGAAGCCUUUCCGACAACGGAUGCUGACCAGAGCUCGCAUAGCCUCGGCCCUGGUACCUGAGGAGGUACCAGUAGAGCAGUUGAUCGAGCUGGGGAAGUGUUGGGAUGAGGAGGAGAGUGAACAACAGGAAGAAGGGGAGGAAUGCUCUAUUGGCAGGAUGCUCAUCAUCUGUGCUAUUGUGGCUCUUGUUGGCCGUCAUGAGCCCAUUCCGGCCUUUGCGGUGUGUCGAGCAGCUCGGCAGCGACAUCCUACUUGUGACCACCUGUCGGUAUUAGAGAUAGUAAUCCUCAAAGGGGGCCUUGGUAUUACGGAUAUUGGCGAGGAGAGACAAGAGGCUUUGAAUGACUUGAAGAACGCCCAGCAUCGAACACUGCUUUGGUUGACUGGUAACAAACCAGCAGCAGUAGAGCAUGUCCGAGACUUCGACUCGGACAUGAGUGACACUGUACUGUUGACCUUACAAGAAGGCCUUUGGGGUAGGGUUGAGGAAUACCUCAGAGCUGGGUGUCGGACGAACUUGAGCAGCAUCAUGGGAGGUCCUGGUGGGGUCGAUCAGGAUCUCACUCCCAUCCAUUUUGCUAUACCACCAGCUAUCCUUGGUCCUAAGGUUAAGGGCAGCUCUGCAGUGCUUACAUGUUCACGGACGCUCGAGGAGCCCCUGACGGCGCUAGGGUCCAUUAUUGGUACUCAGGAGCUCAGACCUCGGCCAAUUACCGAGCCCUUGGACGAUAUGUCCCUCAUGCAUCCGAUGAGAAGGCUCGUUUUAGAGAUGCGCCAGAAGGUUGACGUGCCGCCUCAGGAGCGAGCGGAGUGUGAGGAGUUCAAGAGUCUGGCUGGGGAGGAACUACCUUCUGGGCGACCAGUAGCGGCAUUGCCAGCUUUGCUAUACAGGGCUGAGGAGAGUCUUAAGGUGGCCCCUGAGAAUGGUGGUAAGGAGGAGGCUGAGGAUAUUCUUGAGCAAGUGAUGAAGGAGGUCGUUGAGAAGUACUUGAGGACGGGUACGAACCUCCACAGGGCGGGGGCGGAGGAUGAUGACUGUCGUAGGGCUGUAGAGGAAGUGUCCUAUUUUGGUCAGUAUGUUGGUCCUUCUAUUUUCGGCCUUGUGGUUCGUUCGACAAGAGCCUUGUCUAAGAAAUCACCAAUGCGAAAACUGGUGAGGCAUUUCUCUCAUAGAAUGCAGGAUGCGUUGACGGCAUGUUCUAAGAGUCUUGAGCUGAGUCGUCCAACGCUGAGACAGAUAGCAGCUUACGGCUUGGGGAGAUCCGUUGGGGCUGCGGUUUGCGAAGUAGAGGCGUUGAGGACUCGGGCUAUGAGGGAGGCGGCUAAGGGGUGCCGAAAGUGGGCCAAUAGUUUAGCUGAAAAAAAGAUGUAG